AUGGCGAAAAAGUGUUUUCUAUGUAGUUCGAGAGAGUCUGUUAUUGAUUUUAAUGAAAAUUCAUUUAAAAACUGCGUUUUAAAACUAGCUUUUCGAAAAGAAAAAAAUUUUAAAUAUAAUGAUGUUACACUAACAUCAGAAUCACUCGAUUUUGUCGGUUAUCAUUCAGCGUGCUACAGCAAAGUCAGUGUUUUAAAAAGCAAAUAUAGUGAAGAGUAUUCAAAUUUCGUCAAAAAUCAUGAAAUACUCCAAAGUACCUCAACAUCUGAUAAGCAUACGGACUCAAGUGAACACUUCAAUGCAGAAGCUUCUCAAGAUGACGAAAAUAAUACUGAUGCGAUAACAUCUAUUUCAAUGGAUGCAGAUGAGAUACCUUGUUCAUCAUCAGCAUCAAGAUCUAAUAACAAAAUCACUUGUUUAUUUUGCAAUCAUAAGCAAAAGAAAUGUGGGAAGCAAGUACUUAACCUUAUAUUUCCGCAAGGUGAUGAGUCUAUUCAACAAAUUAAAAAAAUAGCAACAAAUGUACAUGAUUCUGAGAUUCUUUCGAAACUCGAAAAUCAAACUGUUGCUUACCACAAAUCCUGUUAUGCCAUAUAUCAAACUAAAGAAAAGCGGUAUUUUGAAGAACAUAAGGAAAGUAGUUGGCAUAAUUCCAGACAUUUUCAUAAACAAGCUUUUGAGUCACUCACUGAUUUUAUUACUGACGAAAUAAUAGAAAAUAAUCGAGUAAUGUACUUAGCACAAUUAUUAUCAAGAUACAAGGCUUUAUUAUUUGAAUUUGGACUAAAUGAAAUUGAAGCUGCUGACGUUGAAGGAUAUCGAGCCGAGAUGUUGGAAAAAAAAUUGUUUAAAAAAUUUGGUGACAUUAUAACAAUUGAAGCAUCUACCGGUCCACGAUAUCAAAAAAUAGUGUACAAGACAGACUUUGAUGUUUCAAUAAUUGCUAAUACUACCAAAUUUUUGGAAAAUGAAAAUGCAAACAAAUUUCAAGAUGUAGCGUUUUACUUGAGACACGUGAUUAAAAAUAUUGAUCAUAAACCGCUACCACAGAAUUUAACGGCUGAGGAUGUGAUUCGCGGGGAAUGUGAAAUUCCCCCAGUAUUGUUUGAUUUUAUACAGAAUCUUAUUACAGGACCUGAUAUUGCCAACGCAGAUUCAAACGAAACUACGGUGAAGAUAACAUCGAUAUGCAGUGAUAUUAUCUAUGCAGUUUCAAAGGGUAGAUGUAAGCCUAAUAAAAAUUUAACACUUGGCUUAGCCGUAAAAUCCUUAACUAACUCUCGUCAAGUUCUCACAAUUCUUAAUAAAUAUGGCCAUACGAUAGGUUAUAAUUUGGCUGAAGAGCUCGAAACGGAGAUGACAUAUACGUCUGUUCAACAUAAUACAGUAAUACCAACUGGUAUCACUGCAGCAAGUGGAUGCAGUACUCACGUUGCAUUUGAUAACUUCGACCGCUUUGUUGAGACUAGUUCUGGAAAAGAUACAAUGCAUGAUACCGUUGGUAUUAUAUAUCAAUUCCCUUUUGAACAAAUUGCAGAUCCUGAUGACGUUAAAGCUGCGACUUCUUCAACUCUUUUACUUGAUGACAACCAAGAUGUUCAUGGACCUCAACGUAAAAGGAGGCGUUUUGCUGGAAUUUCACGAGAAAUACGACCUUAUUAUUCGAAACCGACAACAUGUAUGCAACUGUUCACCAAAGAAUCAUUUGUUAAUACGAUUGAUGAAUGCAAAGGCGCAACAAUGAUAGCAACGGAAAAAGAUCUAUUAUGGGUAAUGUCUUUACUCCGAAAAGAUUCAGCUCCCAUGUGGCUGGGCUAUAACUGUACAAUGUCAAGUGAUCCGAGUCCAAUUCAAAACAUUGAAUAUCUGCCUCCAAUUAAUUCUUCACCAACAUCUUAUGCGGUGGUGCAAGAAACACUCAUCACGGCUAAGGAAAUUGCCGAAAAAUGCCAACAAGAACAGAUUAUUGUUACAUAUGAUUUGGCUAUUGCCAAAAUGGCAAUGCAAAUUCAAGAGAGUGAUAAGCCAAAAUUUAAUAAUAUUUUUAUAAAUAUGGGCGCUUUUCAUAUGCAAAUGGCGUUUUUUAAGGCUAUUGGUAGUCUAGGGGGUGAAGGAACUAGUUCAUCAUGA